AUGGCGGCUGCCAUCACAGCAACACUGGGCGUGCCCAACAUGACGGCGCCCAUCCUCGCCAACUUCUCCAAGCCGGCCGCGGACCUCGUCAACGCCAGCACGCCGCUCCUCGCCGCGGUCGUGCGCGACAGCUACCGCGCCGUCUUCAAGGCCCGCGUCGCGGCCGGCGUCUCCAAGCCCUUCGUGCUGCCCUACGGCAUCUUUGGCACCUUUAUCCUGCCCAUCCUGUAUAUGACCAUCCCGCACAGGAAGCGCCCGUGGGUCUACGCCGCGAGAUGGCUCGUGCUGGCCUUCAUCAUCGCCUUCAACAUCAAGAUCAUGCGCGAGACCUCCAGCACCAACAUGUCCAUGGGCUACACGAGCGGCCUGUCUGCGUUUUGGGGCAUGCUGUCCAGCGUCACCAACCUCGUCUUCACCGCCCCGCAGUUUGACUUUGAGAGGGUGGCGAGGAGGAAGGUGAGCAAGACUGCUACCUCGUCGCCCAAGCCCUCGAGGAAGUCGAGCCGAUCCAACUCGCCUGCUGCGCGGUCAAACUCCCAAGGCGGGCUGCGCAAACGGGCCGGCAGCAAGAGACGACGGAACAACAAGGCCACGGCACCGGACGUCAACGUCGACAAGUACGAAUACUACUGGCAGUCAUACCCGGAGAACGGCACCUUUGUCAAGCGUCUGGGCUGGGUCGUGGACUUGUACACCAACUUCCGAGGCGUCGGAUGGUCGUGGGCUGUUUCGUCCGUACCUAGCCCUGCUCCGCCUGAGCACCCGCACACCGAGGAGCUCGUCAAGAUGGAGACGAUCCCGCUGGAGACCUUCGUCGGCUGCCAGACGUACAAGGACGAGCGCGACUUCUUGUGGCGGAAGCUCAUCCCCGUCUCCCUCGCGUACAUCAUCCUCGACAUCUUCAAGGUGAAGAGCACCGAGGACCCGUACUUCAUCUUCGGCAGCACGCCGUUCCCGCUGCCUCCUCACCUGGCAUCCACCCCUCACUGGCUCUUGUCCGUCUACCGUCACUCAGGCAUCAUCUGCACGUUGUACUCCUCGAUUGUCAUGGUUUUCUCUGUUCACGAUCUAUUCCAGUACUAUGUCUUUAGCAAGGUCUUUCCCAUGCGCGGCGAGCUGUGGCAGUACUCCUCCGUCUUUGGCUCCUUCUCCCAGGUCUUUGACAGGGGCCUGGCCGGGUUCUGGGGCGCCUGGUGGCACCAGACGUUCCGCCACUCCUUCUCCGCCCCGGGAAACUGGCUCGUACAGCACGGGUAUCUGAAGCAGGGCACGACGACGACGAAGCUUAUCAUCAUGUCCAUCGCCUUCUGGCUCUCCGGCCUCCUCCACGGCGCCGGCAGCGUGACGGCGAUCCCCGAGACGAACUGGCUGAAGCCCUGCUCCUUCUUUUGGGCGUCCGGCGUCGGCGUCCUGCUGCAGAAGGCCUUCUGCACGACCUUCAAGCCCCAGAUCGCAAAGAUGCCCCGCAUCGUGAGGCGGUUCGGAAACUUGAUGUUCGUCCUCGUGUGGCUGCAGGUCACCGUCAAGCCCCUGGCGGACGACUUCGCAGAGACCGGUCUGUGGCUGGUCGAGCCUGUGCCCGUGUCUGUUGUGCGGGCGCUGGGUUUCGGUCGUGGGGAGACGUCGUGGUGGAAGCCCGACAUGGAAGCGAUCGGACGUUGGCAUACUGGUGAGCAUUGGUGGGAGAGCGGUUUCGGUUACUAG